UAACCCCACAGCUCGGGUGACACCGUGCAUGGUGUGGCGUGUGUGGGGCCGGUCUCAGAACAACGGUAUGGCAUCCCGCGAAAAGAAAGCCCGCUCGGUGACCGCAGAUUCCCCCACACCUUCCCUUGGCAGUGCGAACAGUGGCAGCAACAGUAACAUCAGUGCCCCACCUACCACGCCCAGCACCACAAACGCAUCAUUAGCAGCCGGUGGAAGCGAUUCCGCACCGACGACUCCCACAUCCACACGCAAAGGUGUGGCCGGAACGUUAAAUCCCUCCAGCGCCGUCAGUAGUGGCAACCUUAGUGGUAGUGGAAGCAGCAGUGCAUCCACCUCGAACACACGCCAAUCCUUGAGCCGAUUGAAAUCCAAGCAACAGUUGCUGCAACAGAACGCGGGCGACGAAGCGACGGCAGAGGAUACUGUGGCGGGUGGGGUUGUUGAUUCCAUCGUAACAACACCCUCCCGCACGACACGGGGUGGUGCAUCGCGCGAAGAUUCCGCCGGACGUGAUUCACCGGCAACAACGAUUGGCUCUUCGAAGGAUAAAGAUGAUGCUGUGGUGUCGGUGAGUGCGUCCAAGGACGUAACUAAAUCGCCCUCGAUCGGUGCCCGUCGUGCAACUGCCACAUCAAAACCAGCGGCAUCUGUUGGUACAACUGUUGGUGCAACUGAGACGCGCAACACUCGUGUGGUAACUGGAUUGAAGCGAACCACACUACUGAAGCGCAAGGGUAAAAAGAUCAUCGGGAAGCCUAUGUUGGGCAGAAAGGUAGUCGCACGCCGGCAACUGGUGGCGACUGCUAAAUCUACCGGUACACGCGGUGCCGCUGCUAUGGUUGUCAAAAAGGAAGCCAUCUCUCCGUCGAGCUCCUCAACGGCCAAAGAGAAGGAGGAAGAGCUUCCCAGUACGCCCAGCUUGCGUAACGGAAAGCCACGCAACUCGGACAGUCCGGUGGCAAAGCGCAAGUCAACGACGGCAGUGCUAAAGCAUCAGGACAGCGCUAAAUCUCUCGACAGUCUAACCGGUUCGAUCAAGAUGGAACGAAGAAGGUCCAGAUCGGUGUCCAAAUGUUCCGACUUAACGGAAGACAGUGAGCCAGUCGGGACAGAUAUUAAGCGUGAGCUUUUCGAUAUUGAAUCAAAAAGCAAAAUGUUGGACAAGAUGGCUGAAGCGUUUAACGAGCGCAAAACGGGCGGUAGUGCGUCACCAGUCGUUGCCGGGUCGAAAGAGGACAAAGCAUCCGGUGGAACGUUGCGACGAAGCAUGCGGCAACGGAAGAGUACUGCCCGGGAAAAGGAAGACUUUCUGUCGCCUCGUGGGAAGGCGGGAAGUUCGCUAGAUAUCAAAAUCGAACCGUCGGAUUCGCUGGAAUCGUUGUCUGUCGAUGGUGAGGCGGAUACUAAUGUGACUGCCUCGGUGGCUGCACCACUGACGAUUGAUACGACGGCAUCGGAAGUUUCGAUCGGUACCGAACCGUUGCACAGUGAUGGAGCGGCAAGCAGUUUGGGCGGUGGAAGCAGUAGCAGUGUGAGUGCAACCGGCGUCGGUACCGGUGGCGAGGAAGAACUGACCGUGGGCAAGGACCCUUCACUCAGUCCGGGUGAAUUGGUGAGCGAAGGUGUGUCGGAGCAGAGCGUAAAGGAGUGCUAUAGUGAGCCGGCCUUUCUGGAGAACAAUUUGGGCAUCGAGAAGGAUCCGAAGUUGGGCGAAAUCGUACAGGAACGCUUCCGGUGCGACAAGGUUAGUGACGAUGUGGACGCAAACGGUGACGAGGCGAAGAAUGCUACGGGAAUGGGCAGCAUCGCUAGUGAUAAUGGUGGUGGUGUGAUGAAGAUCGAUAAUCAGGACGUAGUGGUCGAGGAAACUGAGUCCACUAGCAAGGAACUGGAAGUUGUGGUGCCGACCAGCACGGUCAAACCGAUUGUGAAGGAUGAGGAAAUGGAAAUAGAAGAGCAAGAGAAUGUAGAGGAGCAGACAGAGGUGGUGAUACGUACAAACGAUCAAGCAAGUGAAGAUCAGGUGGAACAGGACAUGGGCAAUAGUGAUGAAUGUGUAGACGAACCAAUGGAGGAGGAAAGUGUUGUGGUAUCGGAUGAAUUAGUGCAGGGUGAUAAGAACACUGAGACAGAUAAAAUGGACAUCACGGAGGAGGAGCAGGUGGAAGAGGAAAAGGAGGAGGACGAGGUGGUAGAAUGUGUUAAAGAAUUGGAUGAUUGCAAGGAAGUAACAGAGACGGCGGAAAAGCAAGACGAUGUGAUGAUAAUUCUGGAUGAAGCUACGGAAGUUGUUGAGGUUCCGGAGAAAACCAUAGCGAAGCAACUUUCCGUGGAGGAUAACGAGUCUGUCCGUACAGGAGAUGAAGAUCGCGAGAUAGAUGCAUCUCAAGCUUCUGACGUUGCUCCCAAAGUAGUUGAAACAUCCAGCACUAGCAAACCAGUGGAAUGUAGCACGGAAAAAGGAAACGCCGCUUGCUCGCCCGUCUCCGCUGCAACAGGGUCCUGCAAAACGAAUGGCGAAAGUAACGGAAUUGCUGCACCUGCUGGUGGCCAAUCUCGCGAUCAAUCAACUCCCAAUCAACAAACGUCGCGGGCGGGACAGCAGAAGACACCGGUGGCGAACGCUUCCUCUCCCAGAACCACAACUCCCGGCAAUGGCAAGGAGACGAAGUCGAAAGCGCGUACCACGAAAGAAAAAACAAAAGAGGACGAAAAGACACGGGAAGAAAAGCUACGACAGGAGAAGCUACGGGUGGAGGAGAAGGUGCGCGAGGAGAAGCAGCGCGCGGAACGGCUUGAAGCCGAGAAGAGACUGAAGGAGGAACGGCUGCAGCAAAAGAUGCUUGAAAAUGGUCUGGCCGAAGUGGAAGCCUCACCACAACCGGGCCCAACAACACUCAAGACUGCAACCGGCACUAAGAGUGGUGGCAGCAGUCCAGCAGCAGCAGAUAAAGAAACCAAGACUGAAUUGACCAAUGCCGCAAUAACGACGGCACUCGGGGGAUUAAAUCUACCCGCGAUCACAAUCGCCUUCACAAAGCGGGAUAGCGGUAGCAGUUCCGCGGACGAGAAGGAAUCAACCAACAAUGUGCGGACGGUGUCCCAAAAGCCCAAAUCUGAGCUGGAGAUUCUCUCGAUCAAAGCGGACGGAUCGGCAGCAACAGCUGGUGGAUCGCUGCCGGCCGUGGGACUUCUGUCCAAGGAAGAAAAACCAACGAAGGAAGGAGGUGUGGCCGAUACGGCCGAGUCACGAUUGCGGACCAUCUCGAAAAGUGAAAAUGCGGCCUCCGCUGUUUCGGUGGUAGAGCGCAAGGAUAGCAACAAGUCGCCGACCGCUACGACGUCUGCUUUGAGCAUAAUCAAAAUUGAAACCAUCAACGGUUCACCGGUGACGGUCCGUUCGUCCACUACACCCUCUCCUCCUGCGCCAAAUGGCAAAGAUGCUGCGGAAGAACGGAAAACGGUCCUGCUGGACGAAUCCGAUGACGCGGCAAAACGGAAAGAAUCCCACCUGAAGCACCUUGGGCUACUAACGAUUCAGGCCGCAUCCGAAGAAAAGCAACGGCGUGCCGAACAGAAACCAUCCGCUCCGAUGACCGAUUCCUCACUGCAGGACAGUACGGGUGGUGCUGCGGCUGGCGGUGUAUCCGCUGGUGUAACCGGUGGUGGGGAAGGAUGGUUAUCGUCGGGCACUAAUCACCAAUCCAGCACGGGUAGCGGUCGCCCCAGCGGUGGUAGUAAACCAUCCCGCAGCUCACGGGACGAAUACACGGUGUCGAUGAAAACGGUGGUCAAAGGCAAUGGUAGCGGUGGAUCACGGGGUGAGAAGCGAAAGCAGCAACGAAUGCCGCUCAAAAUGACGUUCCAGAAGGGUAAGGGUAAGGCGGCGACGGGCGGCGGCAAUGCGACACUGGGCCGUGACCCGUCCAAUGGUCCCGGUACGUCCAGCAAUGGGAGCGGAUACGUCACCGAUACGGGCAACAAUGGCGAUAACACGUUCUAUACUGCGCACAUCAACGAGCUGGACCACCACUCGUCCAACUCAUCCGACGGACAUUCGCACCGUGAAUCGGGUGCUGGUAGGAAGGCACACAGUCGUUCUCAUACUACCGAUGGCGUGAACCUGACAGAAGCGGUCGGUGAAACUGCGUCCUCUAAGGAAGUGAUUCAAAAAUCGUUGGUAAUCCCGGAGAAAGCGUCCUCCUUCAAUGUGCACCCGGAGCGGCUCUGCUGGGAUCAGUGUUCCUACUGUGGUGGCAAGUUUGGGCUGUAUGACACACCUUGCCACGUUGCCGCCAUAAAAUCCACCGAACGACAGCAGAGAAUUCUUCUCGCUACCUUGCCGAAGAUCACGCUUGACAGCUGCCUGUGUGAUGCUUGCUACCGGCAUGUCGAUCGUAAAGCGAACUGCCCGCCGCAGAAGAAGAAAUCGACCACCGUAUCACAGACGAGCAGCACGUCGACCGGUGCGUCCACCAACACCACCACCACACAGUCCACCGUAUCCCCGUUAGUACUUAAAGUUACGACCAACAAGGACGGUUCGACGAGCAUUGCGACCGAGCAGCCGGCAACACUGGACGAUGGGACGACGGCGGGUGGAAAGGAGCGCGAAACCUGUGCCGUGCGUCAGUGUACGGCACACGGCAUGCAGUCGUUACGCCGCAAGUGGAUGGUGAAGAUGAAGCGCAAAAUUAGCAAACAGUUGGACAUCAAUUUUGAGCUGGCGGCAAAGGCGACCGCAGAAUACAUCUACAUCUGUAACAAGCACUACGAGCAGAUUAGCCACCUGAUGAUUUGCGCCUUGUGUACGAAACCGCUCCAGCGAAACCAUGUGUACCAUUUGUUCAAUAAUGUUGUACAAUUGGAACGCUUGAUCCAGGAGCAGGGCAUUUCCAUAAGGCUGAGCAGUUCGGAGCUGGUCGUGUGUAAAUUAUGUAAAUAUUAUGCUAAUUUAUUGAUUAAGCCCCCGGAUGCAACAAAGGCCAAAUUCAUUAAGGACUACAAUCGAAGAUUGUACAACUAUCGACAGCGGACGGUGGAAGAGCAGAAUGUUGAAGUACGAAGUCUUGAGCAGACAGUCGUUCCAGCACCGCGACAACGCCCAGCUGCUCCGAUGACGACGGACAUAGUAAUAUCUGACGGUGAUGAAGAGGAUGAAGAGAUGGAAGAGGAAGAGGUGGAAGAGUGUCCCGCACCAGCACAGCAGCAACAUCAUCCAGAGGCACGGUACCAAACGUAUGGCAAUCUGUUUUCGAUCGGUGACAGUUCCGUUUCGCUAAGGCGCCGCAUAAGCAACCGCAAAUCGCCCGACGUAACCAUCGUGGAGAACAAUGUUGCCACGCAGAUGGGUGAACUGGAUGAGAUCAGUAUCCUACCGGCGUCAAAAUCAUUGGCCGCCAUGAACCAGCAGCAGCAGCACCAGCAGUCGCAGGACGAUAACAUCGAUAUGACGAAGGUGCUUAAAUCGAAUCCAAACAUUUCGAUGCGCGAACUGUUCCCGGGCGAAGAGGAACUGGGCGUACACGUGAACAUUCCAUUCAGUUCAUCGUCCGUGCGUACACCGGAGGGUUGGACGAAGGUAACUUCCACCAUACAGUACGAUGACAGUACGCGCGCGCUGUGGGAUGAGCUGCAAAAACCGUACGGCAAUCAGUCGAGCUUUUUGCGGCAUCUGAUCCUGCUGGAAAAGUAUUUCCGCAACGGCGAUCUGGUACUGUCGCCGCAAGCGAAAAACAAUGCAACCACCUACUCGGAAGCGGUUCAGAAUCGAUUGCGCUCAUACGAUAAUAUACCGUCGUCCGUUCCGACGUCACCACCAGCGUUGGCCGCCUUGGCAACGGUCACGCCGAGUGUAGCCGCGGAUAAGACGAGCAAUAUUUUCCAGCAGUUUAGCAGCGCCACCAUUACGAUUGUCCCGGCAAGCAAGGUUCGCAAUAAGACGGGUAGUACUACCUCUGCUCUCUCGAGCAGCUCGAAUACUGGCAACGGUCCGGACGUUACCCCCGUAUCACCACCGGCUCCCGUUAGUUUGCUUAAAUCGAACAAUCUACAUCUAGCGAACAGCAGCGGUGAACAGGGAAUGAAAAACAGUCUCAAGCGGAAGCUGUCGAACGAAGGAAGAAGAUGUUCGUUCAGUGCUAGUGCGACUUCCACACCACUCAGCAACAGUGGUUCGAAUGCGUCGAAGGUGGUAAAACUGGACGAAGUGCCGAAGGCAGCUUUAUCAUCUCCGCCAGAGCUUAUCAGCAUCAACUGUAAGCCGAGCGUAACCAUCACCAGCAUUCCACCGGGGCAGCAACCGGCACCAUCCGCACCAUCACCAGCAGCAACCACUCAGAGGCAGCUGUCAUUGCUGAAUCAAUCGCAGCAGUCCUUGCUGCAGUCGGUUCCUAUUCUUAUGGCGAAGAAAUCUCCUCCAGCUGCUGCUGUUGCUGUUCCUAGUACCAGCACCACGAUGGCAGUACCACCGGCCGCAUCAUCCAAUGCCACUGGUAAUGCGACACGAGAAAUCAUCCAAAUGCCGGAACAACUGACAGAAGCGGAACGCCGUGAAUCGUCCACGCGUCCGUGGCGACCGACCCUGCUACCGAUUUCGCCUGGUGUGUCGGAAAGCUUAAAAAGCGGUCCACUCUACCAAACGGCGGACGGUCGUUUGCUACCGAAGUUGGUGCAAGUCAUGUCGGGCGGCAAACCAUAUCACAUCUCAAUCGAAGAUUAUAAUCGUAUGUGCAUACUGCGACGGGAAAAGUUACUCCAGCAGCAACAUAACAUGAUACAGACGGCCAACAAACGCCAGUCGCAACUGCCCCAGCCGAAGCCGCAAGUCAGCACCAUACCUCCACCAGCGCUACGAUUAACGAACACUUCGGUGGAAAAUUCUCUAAUCAACAACACUGUGGCCACCACUUCCGGGGCCACCGGUGGCAACAGUACUGCUGCCAAGGUGGUACAAUUCCCCAACCAGCUCCUGGAGCAAAACUCGCUCAUACCGAUCUACGGCGGUGGAGCAACUGGCAAGAUUGGGCCGGGUAAUGGAAAUGUACAGAAGACGAACAACAGCAGCCUCACGGUAACCAUGACGCCAACUGUCAACAAUAAUAGCCUUGCCAAGGGUACGACGGUGAUCCCACCGGCGAUGAAGUCACUCUCCCUGCCCAACAGCACCACGGUAUACCCGAUGAUGAUGUCCGCCAACACAAUCUCCCUGCCUCCCCUAUUUACGACCUCUGCAUCGUCCACGCUGUACACCGGCGUUGGUGGCGGUGUGACGACUCAAAGCUCCACGUCAUCCAUCAACAACCGACCUGCAUCUGCGACGACAUCGCUUGUGCUUGCGCAACCCUCCUCACACCUUAGCAUGAGCAGCGUGACAACGAUGAACCCGUUGGAUCAGCUGCUCAAGGGUGGCAAUCUGGUGACGCAGGCGCAACUGCAGGAAUAUGUCGCUGCCGCAACGGCAGCAAAUGGUGGCGGGUUGGGUGCGUCCUCACAGAUGGACAAUUCACCGGACAAAUUACUCUCAAAGAUACCAAAAUCGCUCACUGUGAUACCGCAGCAGAAACAAAGCAGAACAAUGUCACGCGUUUCCUCGCAUGAGGAACAAAACAGUGCCUAAUAUGAAUCAAAUUACUGACGGGAUUGUGGGUAACGGUAAGCGCAACAGGGACGAAAAGCAAAGGAACAAAACGCAACCAAUUGGAAACAAAACGAAUGCUUAGUCAGGAGUGCGUGAAGCCCAGGGAAGUAGAAUCAGAUUAAAUUUAUAAAUUUAACAAACAUUAAGCAUAUUUAGCACGUUUAAAGUCAGGAAAGGGGAGAACACUCAACGAACACGACGCCUAACGUAAACCGGAUGGUAGUACAGGAAAUACUAGCGACCUCUAGAGCAACUAUUACCUUGCACAGCUGCCUAAACUGCCACGAACUGAGGCAGUGACCAUCAUAUAUACGCAAACAUUAUCCCGAUUGAUUCCGAGCGAUAUCAACCGUCUGCGAAGCAAUUAUAGAAUACUUGAGCUAAACUGAAGAGUGCGCACGUGUAGCAUUUUUAGGUAGAGAAGCAUAUACCGCAUAAAGAAGCGCGAUCUAUCAGGAGAAUUUGUUUGGGAGAUUAACAUAUUUGCAUUAAGCGCGCGUAUGGAUGUACUGUGCACACCACCGCUAUAUGAAUGAGUUUUUUUUUCAUACUCCUCUAGUCAUUAAUGCCUUUCUUCAUACAGUCCUGUUUCACUUUUUAUUUCGAUAUCCGCUAAAAGAUAUCUUUCUAUUACCCUCUGGGUUACCAUAAUUGUGUGUGCGUGACCCCCUGGUUCCUUUUCUCCAAUACAAUAACAAUAUCACUGUAAGGGAGAGUGCAAACGGCGCAGCCUUUCACAGUAAAUACGCUAGCAAACAUAUCGGAAACCCCCAAACAUUAUCCUUAACGUCGUCCGGUGAAGUAUUUAGGCGAGGUCUCACACUGGGAGAAAGGGAGCUGGUAAUGUCGUGUAGGGUGUUGGCACUUUAACUUACACUUUCUCUUUCACUGUCUGGCAAUUUCUUUAUCAGAAAGCAAUUUGUGUCGCCAUUAAACAUUUUGAGAACACGCCGGAUUUUAUACAUUAUGUUGAUGGUUAAGAUCUGUAAGCGGAUUCCUAACGGAUCUAGCGGUAGUGUAUGCAUCGCGGAUUUGUUAACGUUCUACGAUCAAGUAUUUUCAAAAGGACUCAAAUAUUGUGUGAUCUUAUGGGGUACUAGAAUACUAGAAUGGGAAUUCGUAUAGACAGACCUAUCCCUGUGUUAGCUGCUUGGUAAGCUAUAAUGUUUGUUAUUUAACGGGAAGCUUAACUUUUGCCGCAUGGACCGGGAUACUAAACUUACUUCUUGCCAACCUUUUUUCAAGGAAAGUUAUGUUCAGUUAAUAUGAUGUGCUUCCUGUAUCAAAACACUACGUUGUAAUGGCUUUGCAAUCCAAAUUGAUGUAUGUUUACGGACCUCGGAUAUCGACAGGACAACUCCCUAGCAAUAACAUUCCAAUAGCCACAUACACACACAGCAGCAGCACCAUCGGCAAACCCAAUCCAUCGUCUUGUUUGUGAGGAUAACAGAUUCCUCCCUAUCUUACCUCCCCGUGUGAAUCAAGCUUAAUACCGUUGAAAAGGACAUUUAACAGAGAUUUGUGUAUAAUGCGCUGCGUGCAAAUCAUUUGGUACAUUUAUAUUUAUUACCGUUUAGUACUAUGGGAGAAGAAUUAUGUGUACACAUGUAUUAAGGUUACGAACACACACACACACACUGAAGACGUUAUGCGUUAAGCAAAUUAUGUUACUCAUUCGAAUUGGGCAAACACGCGCACGCCCGUAACAUAUGAACUCCAGGAGUGAGGAUUAAUUUUUCGUAUUAUUACCACCGUAAACACAUAUAAUUAACGGAAUUGAGUUGAUGAAACAGCUGUAGAAUUUAUUAAACAUUUGUAAAUGCAUCGCGCACCGUCUCGGUUUAACUGCGUACUAGGGAAAAUGGUAGUUCCGCUUGAUUCCACGUAACAGUUAUCGGUAGCGCAAAAAUGUUAAGCAAAGUUUUGUACUAGCGUAAGUGGAUCGGAACUAGUAAAGCAUAUAUAUGAACUCUAUGGACGCUUGUUUUGUCGGUUCAUUUUCAAACGCAUAGGCGAAACAAUCAUAAUACAGCAAUGUCGCGCGUCGGUGGUCAUACAUUUGUAUUAUAGUUCAACCGUAUAUUAUCGUGGUUUAGUUCGUACACGACGAUGAUCGUUUGCGUACGCGAAUAGCAGUAGCAGUGGUAGUACGGGAAAUGAGAAUGAAAAUGAAUAAAGCAUGCCCUUCCCCCAACGGCAUCCGGAACGGUUGUAGUAUCAUCCUCAUGAAGGUGUAUCGCAUAUGUUCGAAAAGUCUUCGAGUGUUUUUUUUGUUUUGCUUUUAAGUACGGUAAUUGCUUGUUGCUUCUCACACAAUAGUAGCCGAGUUAAGUUCUUACUUCAGUGUACGAUCUCUCUUCCCUAAAGCAUACACCAUCGCGUCGGCAUAACUAUUGAGAGCAGAAUUGUGGGGUGUGUGUUUGUAUGUAUUUGAUAUCGUUUCAUACUGUGUUAGUUAUUUGAAUAAGUCCAAAACAAAAAUGAACCUAGUAUAUACACAUUUGAUUACAUACUCACUUAUCAGCUAGUGGCUUGAUCGCCGUGGCACACAUGCCAAUUAACGAUUCCCCAAUGACUGUGUGUGUUUUUGGUGAUGUGGAACUAAUGACAUAUUAUACGGCGCGGUUCGUGAACAUUAACGCAGGCCACUCGGGCUGGCAAAACUUACAGAUUCUUAAUCGUUAGGCCAGCUUGCGAUAAUGAUAUACGCGCAAUGGGCAAAUCAUCCUGUCGAAGCCACUUAGAAGCGCGCAUCAUCCCAUAAGCCGAGGGGGUGCGCGAUCAGAUGAAAAUGAGACAAAAACGAUGCAUAUUUUGUACGAAAAGUUCUAUAAAUGCAUAUAUACAUAUACAUAUAUCUUUACCAUAUACACAAGGCAGAGCUAAAGUAGAGUAGGAGUGCAAAACAAAAUCGCAUACUUAGGAAGUAUAUUAUUGCAAGACAAACCGUGGGUGAAAUGUUUAAUCCUAAUGUGCAUUCGCCACUACAGAAUGGUGGCACGCGCGAGUAAAAGGCAUGAGUAGAAUAAAUAAUUAACACCCAAGUCAGGGGGCGCAUCUCUAGCACUAUAUUUGAAGCAAAAUAAAGUUAGCAG